GAUUCCAAACUAUUCCAACCCACCAAAGCUAUUUUUGCAAUGGUGUGUCACGCCACCGAGUUGCUGUUGUUCUGUUUUCUCUGUCAAACGUUUGGGCAAAGACUCAACAAUGUUUACAAGAAAACGCAAGGCAUACGCGCACAGAGCACUAACGUGAAUCUUUUUCACAGCCCGACACUGGAGGAUUGUUUGAUUCAUUGCGAAUUGAACAGCGCAACUUGUAAGUCACUUAACUUCAAAGAAUCUGACGGAACCUGUGAGGCAUUACCGGGACACAACGAAGCGACAUCAGUGGAUUCUGACUGGGUGUUUCUCAUUUUGCAAGCUAAAUCAUCCUGUGCGGACUGGAAAAACAAGCAAUUGCAGUCUCCAAGUGGUACCUAUAUUGUGGACCCAGACGGCCCCGGAGGGGUGACACCUUUCCCAGUGGAAUGCGACAUGGCAACCACGCCACCUACAGUCAGGGUGAACCACAACCAAAUCACUAGGAAGCACAUUGUUGGAUAUGAGGACCCAAAUUUUUACGAACAUCAGCUCGUUUACAACGGUGUAACUAACCCCCAGCUUCGCGCUUUGGCCACUGCUUCAUCCACAUGCAGACAGUACGUUAAAAAGGAAUGCUACAAUGCUUGCACCUUUUACUAUGGAACAAAAUGUGACUUUUGGACCACACUUGAAGGAGAACAGUUGGAGUAUUGGGCGGGCAACGGGACUACCGUCACCAGGGGCUGCGCAUGCGCUCUUUCUGACACCUGUGCAUUGGGCGAACCCUGCAACUGUGACGCCAACGAUAACCGUUGGAGAACAGAUGAAGGAUACUUGACAGCAAAAGAGCAUCUUCCAAUCUCUGCAGUCAUGAUCGGGGACACAGGGAAAAGCGUCGAGCAGGUGUACAUUACCGUGGGACCUCUGGAGUGCACACCUUAA